CAUACUGUCCAUUCCAAGUUCUAACUGGAGCGGCCAUGGUUGACAUGAUGCGUGCGGCUGUUCUUGUUGGAGUUUUGUUGUCUGUGAGCAGUACGUUUGCAGAUGCAAGUGUGGAAGAUGAGUUGUGGGACAGGUUCCGACUGUGGUUCCACACAAUGGACCACAAUUACGACAAUGUUAUUUCCCUGGCGGAUACAGAAAACUGUACGGCAAGACACGUGACUGAAUCCGAUCACCCAGCUACAGUCCGCGCAAAGUGUGAGGAGUUUCUGCCCAGGUGGUACAAAUUCUUUAUACUCAGAGGCCAUGACAGCAUCACAGAGAAUCAGUUCGUGCAGAACUUCAGAGAAUUGAGAGAUGAUGACAUAAACAAGUUCGAAAAGAUUGUUUUCCAAGGUUCUAAGAUGUUCUGGAUCAUCAUUGACAUGAACAAUGACAGAACCAUAACACCAGACGAAGACGCCUGUGUGGGAGACAGGCCGUAUGACGCCUUUGUGUUGUCUGUCAAUUUUGCCAUUUACAUGCUGUAUGGCAUAACAGUGGAAGAAACAGUCGACCCCUUCUGUCCAUGGGUAUAUUGAUAUUGUUGUUUCUGACAGCCGUCAAGUGACCCUACAAUACUCCAUAGCUUUGUGAAACUCUCACGGUCAUGCGAGUUGCCGAGUUUAGUCCGAAACAGACGGAGACGGAACGAUAAGGCGCCCAGGUAACCGAUGUAGGCUACAUCCUACCUGGAGGAUCCAGGUUACCUCUCCGUCUGUUUCGGACUUAACUUGGCAACUCGCAUGAUCGUGAGAGCUUCACAAGGCGAGGGUCUGACGACCAUUUCCUCAAAUUACUUACACAAAUACUCAUGUACCAUCAACACACAUACAAGGACUAACACAACACAAGGUUCGAUACAUAAGCCGCAGUCAGUUCUUCAAUGUACAAGUGCUUGGACAAGAGCAGACAGAACACAGAUUGGCUUCCGGGAUCGACAGAGAUUCGACUUGCUGAGCUCACUGUGAAACCUGCACCAAUCUCCUAAUGGUUGAGCUGUCGUUUUGAAGUGUUCGAGCCUGUCCCGCGUUUGACAUAGGCCCUGUUUCAUCGUUUUGUACCCGGCUAUUUAAUUGUUUUGGCAAUGCAUUAACCUUGUAAUAGUAUUUUCCUUUAGUUACUUUCAGUAUUAGAACCAUAUAUUUAAUACUUGCUCAAAAUGUUCAAUAAAAUAAUGCAAAUGAAA